UCUAAUUUUUGGUCAUUGAUUGUGUGAGCUGGGGUUUCCCACAAGCAAAUGCAUUGUCGUCCUGGUGACCUACUUCUACUAGAGUAGUAGAGAGUGACGGAAAGAGUGGACUGUUGAGGCUGUUCCUGACUGGCGCUGCUGAGGGUAUCUGUAUUUAACUAGCCACUACUAAAUACUACUACUACCAGAAAGAAAAAGCAGUUCAUAAACCAUUUAACUUUGUACUUUGUCAGUUGUCAAAGGCAAAGGUUGUUAUCUCACCAAAACCCACACACACUCACUCACUCACUCUAGAAAUAUAAAAGUCAAGAGCACUAAACCUAUUGCAAGUGAUUAGCUUACCGUUGCCAUCAUGCUGGGAGACUUGGAAUAUACACCGAAGAACAUCUUCCUGACGGGUGGUGCAGGUUUUAUCGGCAGUCAUGUAGUCGAGUACAUGGUAAACAAGUACCCGGACUAUCAGAUCAUCUGCUUCGACUGCCUCGACUAUUGCGCCAGCACCAAAAACUUCGACGCCGUCAAGGACAACCCCAAUUUCGUGUUCGUCAAAGGAGACAUCCGCAAUGAGGAAUUGGUGACGCACGUCUUCAAGACGUACAAUGUCGACACAGUCAUGAACUUUGCCGCGCAGAGCCAUGUGGAUAUGUCGUUUGGAAACUCUAUUGAGUUCACGAAGGUCAACGUAGUAGGCACCCACGUGCUGCUAGAGUGUGCGCGUGUGCACAAGAUCAAGCGCUUCAUACACGUCUCCACGGAUGAGGUGUACGGAGAAGUGACCACCAAGAACGGUGUGGAGGAAUCACACACCCUAGACCCUACCAACCCGUACUCGAGCUCCAAGGCGGCGGCGGAGCUGAUUAUCAAGGCGUAUAUCAAGUCAUUCAACAUGCCUAUUAUUAUCACACGAGGCAACAACGUGUACGGAAAUGCGCAGUAUCCCGAGAAGGUCAUUCCUAAGUUCAUCCUGCGCUUGCUCAGUGGCCGCAAGUGCUGUCUACACGGAGACGGUUCCGCCAAGCGUACCUACAUCCACGUACGUGACGUGUGUACCGGUUUUGAUACCGUUUUACACAAGGGUCAGCUCCACGAGAUAUACAACAUCGGCACAGACGAGGACAUCUCUAUGUUGCAGCUGGCAGAGGCGCUGGUGCGGCUUACGAACAGUCGCAAGGCUGGGAGUGAGGGAGAGUUGAUUGAGUGUGUGGUGGAUCGCGCCUUCAAUGAUUGCCGAUACUUCAUCAAUUCGCAGAAACUCAUUGACCUCGGUUGGAAGCCGGUGGUGGACUUUGAGAAGGGUUUGGCAGAGACUAUCGAAUGGUACCGGAACUUGGACCCCGCCUACUGGCCCGAGUUCUCUCAUGCCCUCGAGGCCCACCCCCCGAUUGUCAAGGUGCAGGACUACUAGGACAGAUGUAGUUGGGACCGGGUAGCGUGACUGUGGGGAUGAUGGGUGCACUCAGGAUGUAGUGUAGUGCAGUAUGCCGGUGAGGUUGUACUGUGAUAGGGGGCCUAUAAGGAUAGAUGACUUGGUGUGGGUGUACUAUUUGGGCUUGUGGGUGGGUCAAAUAGGACUUGAUACUACUGGCCCUAUGCCUAUGAUUCAUCGAAUGGUGGAGAAACUUUGGAAGAGACAUAGCAGAUAUUAUAACAUGCAUGCAUCAAUAUAUCCGGCUCGGAGGAUGUGAGAAAUGGACAGGGCUCGAUUGCACCUCUAGUUUGUAGUGCAGCCAGUCGUACUAAUUAUCAGUUAAUCAAGUUAAUGGACCAGCAGAGUAAUUGCAGUUCAAAUUUAUAUUUAAAUAAAACCUACCAAUGGGAUAUGAUGGGA